AUGCCUGAAAUCACACAAGAGCCCGGGGCCACAUCUCCACCGGUCUUCAUCCUCGAUCCCCAUGCCAAUCGCACGCGGGAAGAGGACAUCGACCUCUCGCACACCGUCGGCAAGGUCCCGAGCUGGCAGGCCAUCCAGCAGUCAAUUGGCACCCGUUCUGGUUGGUUCGGUGAUUACGACUACGGCUUUCUCUGUACACCUACUCUUCCUGGGUUCACGGUUACUCGCAUCCCUCCCUUCUUUGGCCUCAAGGACAGGCUCCCACUUAUACUCGCCAUUAUCAUGGGCUUCCAGCAUGCAUUAGCCAUGAUUGCCGGUGUGGUGACCCCUGCCAUCAUCAUGUCUGGCACCGGUAGCAACGGCCUCAACUUUCCCCCGGCAAUGCGCACCCAGAUGGUCUCCACUUCUAUGAUCACAUCUGGUCUGCUCUCCCUCGUUCAGAUCACUCGCUUCAGGCUCGCAAAGUCCCAAUACUUCCUCGGAACUGGAUUGCUCUCUGUGGUCGGCACCAGUUUCAUUUUCUUGCCUGUACUCCAGAGCUCUGUUUCCAACAUGUACGCCUCUGGUUUCUGUGAGAGUUCCCUUGACCCAUCUGGCACCCGUGUAUAUGCCUCCUGUCCACAGGCCUGGGGUGCCUUCCUCGGAACCUGCAUGGUCUGCAGUCUUUUGCCCAUCCUCCUUUCAUUCGUUCCUCCCCGUGUACUCAAGAAGGUCUUCCCCCCCAUCGUCACCGGUGUCACAGUCAUGCUUAUUGGAGUCCAUCUGGUUACAUCUGGCAUGGCUCAAUGGGGAGGCGGAAGCGGACCUUGCCGCUCUCAACCCACUUCUGGUCCCUUCGUCAACUGCCCAAGCAACAGCGCCCCACGGUCAGCACCAUGGGGCGAUGCGCAAUGGAUCGGUCUCGGAUUCUUGGUCUUCUCAGUCAUUAUGCUUGUCGAGUUCUUUGGAUCACCCUUCAUGAAGAACGCCCAGGUGGUGAUCGGUCUUGUUGUCGGAAUGGUUGUUGCCGUUGCUUGCGGAUACACGGACUCGUCCUCGGUCGACGCCUCGCCCGUGGUUACCUUCUUGUGGACCAAGACCUACCCACUCUCGAUUUACCCACCAGCCAUCAUUCCCUUAUUAAUCACAUAUACCCUCGCCAUAGUCGAGAGUAUCGGAGACAUCACCGCCUCGUGCGAGGUUUCUCAUCUAUCGGUCGAGGGUCGCGAGUUCGAGUCGCGUCUUCAGGGCGGUAUCUUGGCUGAUGGUAUCGCCGGUAUCCUCGCACCUCUAUGCAUGAACUCGCCCAUGAGCUGCUACGCCCAAAACAACGGCAUCAUCUCGCUCACACGCUGCGCCAACACCAUGGCUGGAUACAUGUGUUGCUUCUUCCUCAUCCUCAUGGGCGUCUUCUCUAAGUUUGGAGCCCUGUUCCUCAUGGUACCUGAUUCCGUUCUUGGAGGCAUGACCACCUUCCUCUUUUCCAGCGUCGUGGUCUCUGGUAUUCGUAUCUUGUCUUUCUUGCCCUGGACCCGCCGUGAGCGUUUCAUUGUUGCGACGGCCUUGACUCUCGGCAUGGGCACAUCCUUGGUUCCUGGUGUCUUGACCCACAUGUUCCACUACACCGGUACCAAUGCCUUUGUGAUCUCUUUGAUCAGCACUGCCAACAUUGUGCUCGAUACCGGCUUUGCCCUCGGUGCUAUCGUCAGCUGCCUCCUGAAUGCGCUCUUGCCCGCUAACCCACCCAUGGCUGCGGAGCCCAUCAUUGAUCGCCAUGGCCCCACUCCCUCCGACAAGGAGAUUACGGAGAUGCAGGUCGAGGCCCAGUCAAUCCACGAGAGCAUGCUCAAUGGUAAACACCACCACUAA